UUUUUGGAUUAAUGUAUAUAUCUUUAAUAAUGUUAAUAAAUGAUUUAUGAUUGGAAAAAGUAACGAAGACGAUUGCUUUUUUAAUUACACUGGUGUCCGAAUAUUUCUGAGAGUCACUGUAUAUGUAUUAUAUGGUCGAAGGUACUCUCUCGAUGUCAUGGACGAAUAAUAUGUUUUCGUGAAUGUAACAUAUAAACAAUAUGAAACACAAAUUUUUGGAUAGUUAAGAUUGUUUGAAAUGUACACACUUCUGCAUGGAUUGUACAAGUAUCUUGUACAAAAAGAUGAAUAUUUCAUAUUAAUAUUAGGACUUGACAAUGCCGGGAAAACGACAUAUUUGGAAGCGGCAAAAACGAAAUUUACGAAAAAUUACAAAGGUAUGAACCCUAGCAAAAUCACAACAACUGUUGGCCUAAAUAUUGGGAAAAUUGAUAUUGCUGGUGUUCGAUUUAACUUCUGGGAUCUUGGUGGACAAGAAGAGCUACGAUCCUUAUGGGAUAAAUACUAUGCAGAAUCACAUGCAGUAAUUUAUAUUGUCGAUUCUUCCGAUCGUGACAAAAUACCUGGGUCUAAGGAAACAUUUGAUAGAGUUAUAUCAUCAGAACACCUGAUAGGUGUGCCACUUUUAGUUCUAGCGAAUAAGCAGGAUGUGCCUGAUUGUAUGGGUGUUAGAGAAGUGAAACCAAUUUUCAAUCAAAAUGCACAUUUGAUUGGUCGAAGAGACUGUAUGGUGAUGCCUGUUUCUGCUUUAAAUGGUUGCCUUAAUUAACCAUUCGUAUAAUAUAAAAGGGAUGGAGUAGACGAAGGCAUUCACUGGCUUGUGGACUGUGUCAAGAGAAACAAUGAUGUUCGACCACCUCGUAAUCAGAAUGACAGUUGUCUGUCCUAACGAAACAUUCCUACAUUAUUUUACAAUAUAAGUUAUUUUGUGAACAGUAUUUUAAUGUAUAAAAUGAGUAAAUUUACUUUAAAAACAACUACAUUUUUACCAAUAAAUUUUGUUUCCUAAGCUGUA